AUGCAGAAGAGAUGGUGGUGCCAAGCGAGGCAAGGGUUUGUCAGUCACAGAGCCAUGGGUUCCGUGGACCAUGCAUCCGCCACCACAACUGUGCUCUCGUAUGCAGGAACGAAGGCUUCUCCGGUGGCAGAUGCCGCGGCUUUCGUCGCCGUUGCUUUUGCACUCGCCUCUGUUGAUCACUGGGUCGUCACUGAUUAA